AUGGAAAAACAACAAAACUGGUCUUUAAUAGCUUGUGUCUUUCUAUUCCUAUCUUUGGCAUCCCAAAUCCAAUGUACGAGCCAAAGUCAUUCCAAUGCGAUUCGUCGCAUAAACGGACCUUCUUUUCGUACGACAGUAAGCCGUGUUAACCAACAAAAGUUAAAGAAGAAAGAUCUAAUCAAAAGGCUUCCUGGACAACCUUCUGUUAAGUUUAGACAAUAUGGUGGUUAUGUGGCCGUCAACGAAUCAGCUGGUCAAUUUUUAUACUAUUAUUUCGUGGAAUCCAUUAAAACUAAUGACUCUUCUCCUCUUGUUAUUUGGUUCAACGGAGGACCUGGAUGUUCUUCUCUGACAUCAGCAUUUCAAAGUCAUGGACCCUUCCGUAUACACAGUGACGGCAAAACGCUUUAUCACAAUCCUUAUUCAUGGAACAACGCAAACAUGUUGUAUGUAGAAGCACCAGUACAAGUAGGAUUUUCGUACACAAAUACUCCAUUUACAUAUUUUGACAGUCAGGGGGACUCUCUUACAGCAGAAGACAACUAUAUAUUCUUGGUGAAGUGGUUAGAAAGAUUUCCAGAGUAUAAAGGAAGAGAGUUUUACAUCGCAGCUCAGAGUUACGGUGGUCAUUAUGGUCCCCAACUUGCCCAGCUUAUCCUUCAUCGUAAAACCCAAACCUUCAUUAACCUACGAGGAAUGAUCCUUGGUAAUCCAGCAUUUGACAACGAGAUAGAUUCAAAGGGUAAUGAUGAAUAUUUGGUGGGUCAUGCUUAUAUCACCAAAGAAUUGUUGGCCCACAAGAACCAAAUUUGCGGCUCAACUAUAAAAAUUAAUGUAUUUAGCGAGUGUGGGAAGGCGGAUGCUAAAAUUAGUAUGCUUACACGACAACUAGACCUCUACAACAUAUAUGCUCAUGUGUGUUUAAACUCCACGGUUACAAGCAAGCCAAAGAAAUACACAACUGUAAUAGAGUUUGAUCCGUGCAGUACACACUACAUGACAGCAUAUCUUAAUAGGGAAAAUGUUCAAAAAGCAAUGCAUGCCAACACCACGAAACUAUCGUACCCGUGGAGGCAAUGCAUGGAUAAUACUGGAAUGUAUUAUAAUUCAACGGACUUGGAUGUCUCAAUGCUUCCUACCCUCCACGAGCUGAUGGGAAAGGGUAUUCGAAUAUUGGUGUACAGUGGAGACUUGGAUGCUAUGGUGUCAGUGACAUCUACAAUGCACGUGCUUGAGAAAUUAAAUUUAACAGUUGAGAAGACAUGGCGCCCAUGGUUUAGCGGAAGAGAAAUGGGAGGGUAUACAGAGGAAUACAAAGGAAACUUUACAUAUGCAACCGUGAGAGGAGCAGGUCACAGUGUGCCUAGUGACCAGCCCAUACGUGCUCUUACUCUCUUUACUAGUUUUAUUCGUAACACUCCCCUCCCUCAUUUGUAA